GCCGCCAACAGCCGCCACUCGCGCUCUCGUCGCGCGCACGCCGGUACGACUCGGAACGCGGUUUUUUUUUUCGUACACUCUACGGAUUUGGAAUUUUCAAAAAAUUCAAAAAACCUUUCCUCCCCCCCCACCCCUAUUCGUACGCUUUGAAAAAAAAAAACAAUUUUUUCGGAUUCGACCGCUUGCCUUGCCGUUCGUCGUCCGCGCUUUCGGCCGUCAUGUACGACGUCGGUUGAGCUCCGUCGUCGGUCUGGAGCUUUGGAAAAAAAUCUGAUCCAAAAACAUUAUACUUUGAGUGGUUUUUUUUUUUGAAAAUUAAAAUUUUCGGGUAGUGUCGCGAGUGCCCCCUCCCCCUCCCCCAUUACCGGCGGCCAAAUCCGGUGCAACGCGCAAAAAAAAACAACAACAAUGCCACUUCUUCGCACCUCGGGAUUACUUCUGUUCCUGUUGCUGCUGCUGACGUCCUGGCCGAGACAUCCCCUUCCGGUUUCGGGUCAAGGUCCCGUACGUCCGGUUUUCGCUGUGGUCCACGGCACUGCAUCUUUGCCCUGUGACAUCACUCCACCCAUACCUCACGAUCCAUUGGACACGGUCAUAUUGGUGGUUUGGUACAAAAAUGAAAAGACGGCCAUUUACAGCGUUGACAUACGAGGCAAACACAUCGACCCGACCAAGUCGCACUGGAAAGACGAGAUGCUCGAGGGAAGGUCACAUUUCAGAACGCUCUCUGAACCGGCCACAUUGUCCAUUGACAACGUAUCGGAGAUGGAUGCGGGCGUCUACAGAUGUCGAGUGGACUUUAAGAAAUCGCCUACCCGCAACACAAGGCUGAACCUUACAGUUAUCGUUCCUCCGCGGAGACCGAGCAUUCAAACCGAAAAAGGAGAAGAAAUCCAAAACAUGGCCGGACCGUACUUUGAAGGUGACCGAGUCAAGUUGACGUGCAUCGUUACAGGAGGCCAACCGGAACCAUCGGUGAGAUGGUGGCGUGGAGAGACUUUGGUGGACUCUGGUAGCGGCCAAGAGUUGUCAUCUAAGUAUUUCAGCACUUCAUCGACCACUUUCCGGCACAAUCAACUGACGAUCGACUCUCUCACUCGGGACGACCAAGGAGCCGUUUACACUUGCCAGGCUUCCAACAGCAACUUGUCGGCUCCCGUCAGCGCCAGUGUUACCAUCGAGAUGUACCUCAAGCCACUGAAAGUAGAGGUGCUCAGCAGCCGCCAACCGUUGAGCGCUGGUCGUUCGUACGAAGUGCAAUGCCAAUCGACUGGAUCGAAACCGCCGGCCAACAUCACUUGGUGGAAAGACAACGAGAAGCUAGCUAACUUUACGCAGACUGUCUCGCAGGUUUCGGUCGACGGCCAAGUGACUUCAUCGACGCUGGUGUUUCGCCCCGAGAAAACCGACAACGGCAAAUCAAUAGUGUGCCGAGCUGAAAACGAACACGUCCAACAAGAGGUGGACGGCACUUAUGGGGCCGAAGAGGAUUCGUGGACAAUCGACGUGCACUUCGUGCCGCUGUUGAAACUGGCUUUGGGCAUUAACAUGAAUCCGACGGACAUCGAAGAGGGAGACGAUGUGUACUUCGAAUGCAAAAUCGACUCAAACCCGCCAGCAUACAAAGUCGUCUGGAAGCAUAACGGUCAAGUGGUCCAGGGCAACGUGAAAGGCGGUGUGAUCAUGAAUCAAAAGGAUCUGGCACUUCAGAAUGUCAAGAGACAACAGGCGGGCAACUAUUCGUGUUUGGCCAGUAACGUAGAAGGAGACGGCGAAAGCAAUAUUGUCCGGCUGACUGUCAUGUACAAACCGGUGUGCAAGAACAACCAAAAGCUAACCUACGGCGUGGCCCGCAACGAAAACACCGAGAUAUUGUGCGAAGUAGAUGCCUAUCCGGCUCCUGAUGUGUUCAAGUGGACGUUCAACCGCACAGGGGCCGUGGCUUCGGACGUGGCCGGAAACGAUAUCAUGACCCAACAGUCUCGCUUUGGCGGUUCCGGUCUGGAGACCAGUGCCAUCAGAAAAAGCCGCAUGUCAUCCGUACUCAACUACAGUCCUUUGUCGCCUUCUUCGGGCAUCGGAGGCGGUGGCGUCAACGACGGUGAUUAUGGAACAGUGACUUGCCGGGCAACCAACUCUGCCGGACAACAGUUGGAACCUUGUGUUUUCCACGUGAUCGCAGCCGUAAAACCGGAUCCGCCAUUUAACUGCACGACCAGCGAACGCACUCCUUUUUCAAUGAGGGUGUGGUGCGCACAAGGAUUUGACGGGGGAGUGACACAAAAAUUCACUUUGGAAGCUUACGAUGCCGGCAACGACCUGGCAGCGGUGGUCGGCGAUGGACCGACCGUAGCUGCCGACGGACCUAUGCCACCCUUGUUGUUCAACAUGUCGGCCGACGAACCCGAAUUCAUCAUCCGACAACUGACCCCCGCGGCCGGACUUCGGCUGGCCGUCUACGCGCACAACUCGCGAGGAACCAGCGAACGCACUUGGCUGACUGCUUACACCCUAAACGCUGCCGACAAGCAGACCACUUCCGGUUCUUCCGUGGCCGGCGUGGGUGCAGGCAACCGUUUACGGCUGACUCCAAUUGUCGCCACACUCGUUGGUAUCACCAUCGUGGCGGCUGCGAUUGCGGCGGUCGUCAUGUGUGCUUUACGCAUGCGGUCACACCGGGAUAGGAUCCGUCGACGCCAAGAGUUAUGUGGCGAUAACGGUUGUAUAGUGGGCACCGGUGGCGGAUCUGCAGCUAUUGCUGUUGGCAAACAAAAAGUCGAUGGAAACAAUGCCGCAGCGUUGGACUCGGACAAAAAUCCAGAUAUAAUUCCACCCACCAAAAUCAAAAAUUCUAACCGGAACAACAUCGGAUACCACCCAGUGCAACAGCAAAUGGAUUCGAACGUGGACAUCGACGUUGAAGCGCUUGAGAACGAAACAUCAGACGACGAACGAGCUGGUUACCCCGUGGAUCAAAUAGAUGGCAUCUCAUCUCGUCAUUCUAUGAACACACUUCGACGGGCUGCAGCUCCCACGCCAUCCGGUUACAGCAACGUCGGUUAUCGACCGGAGCAGCACAACAUGGCGACCACGUCGGUAACCACGCGGUUACCAAAGUAUCACCACAGGGAGAUCGUGACGGUCAGGACUCCGUUGAUGUCCAGCCAACAAGAAAGCUGCGUUUAAAAGAAAUACCCAACUGCGACCGCACGACAACACAAAAAUAUCGUCUGUUCGUGUUUCGUUUUGUAUACGUACAUUUAGUGGCAUACAAAAAACCGAAACCGGAUCGAAAAAAUAUGAACCUAAACAUGACCAUAACUCGUUUAUCGACGAUAUCAACUGUGUUGUCCGUGUAUAGUGUUCAUAACGAAUUCCCAUAAUUUUAUUCGAUUAAUGACAAUUUUUCCCACAUCAGACUACUAGCGCAUUUUUGUCCACGCGGGUACGCGUUGUUUGUGUAAUAUUAUCACAAUCCUUUCAUACGCAUUGUACAUUUUUCCUAUUUUUUUUUCUUUCGUUUAUUGUACUAAUGUAUUCAAAGAGUCAUACCAUAUCCGCUUUUCUCUACCCGACUAGUACAAUAUCAACUAUUAUCAUCUUUGAAAUGAUGCGCUCUAGCCGUUUGAUGGAUUGCAAAAUCGUUUUACAAGUGAAUCUCGUUUGGGAUGUAGAAACUCACAGACUUUUUAUUCCCCGUUCGUCGAAACGUUCUAUGAAAAUCCAGACCAUGUCAUUACCUAUUUUUUUUUGUCUAAAAUAUAUUUUACACUUUACACGACAUAUCCAGUAGCAUAUCGAAUAAAAACAUAUUAUAAGUACAUUCAUAUCCCCACAUCUGAUUUUCCGGACAACCUGUGUUUGUGCUGGCGUCAAAAUGAACUAAACAAAUAGUACCUAAAUGAUUUAUAUACAUAUUGCACAUAAGUGAAAAUAAUUUGAGACUAAAUUUUUAAAUUCAAUUGACGGGCUUUGAUCCCUCCCCGAUAGUAAUAAUUACUAUUAUUAUAAAUUAUCGUUAAGCGUUUUUAAUGUAAUAUAAAAAAAAAUGAUUUUUUUUGUUUAAAAGUAAUAUAUUACAUGGUUUCUGAUGAUUAAAUCGACAGCUAAUUAACCGUUUUUGUUAUUGUAUGUAAUAAUAUUAUGUAUUUAAAAUAAAAUAUAAUAUGUCGUCGGACCAAGCCGGCAGAAACAAAUUUGUAAAUAUCAUCAUUAUUAUUAUUACAAUUCAUUCAAAGUGUUCGAUUUUUAUUGUUUAUACGUUUUUUUUUUACAGAGAUUUAUUUGAUUAUUUUUGGUUGUCGGUGUUGACAGCCACACUACAGUUACCUGCAGUAGUAAUAUCCAAAACUUUAGAAAUACUAUGAAAUAAGUUUUGAAUAUUUAUAAUAUUGUAUAUUUACUAUGUAAAAUGUACUAUAUAAUUAUUAAGUUUUAUGUUUACACAAAAAUUAACAACAACCGAUAAGAUAUACUGUAAUGUAUAAAGUAGGUGGGCAUUUUAAUUAUUUAUAAUAACUAUUAUUGAAUACCCACGAGUGUUAUACCUGUUUCUAGUGAAUCUUUUAUUUGUUUCAAAACGUUUUAAUAUUUUAUUACAUAUUAUUAUUAUUAAUAGUAGUAGUAGUAAUAAUAAUUGAUUAACUAUUGGCGUAAUUCGUAAGUGUUAAGUUUCGUAAACAUAUUUUGUUUAGAUCAAAAAAUACAGCGUACACUCGCUAUUAGAUUAGUUGCAUUAAAAAUUAUCAAAUCUAGUUAAUAUCGUGGUUGGCCAAAGUCGUAGUUCAGGUCGAUUUCGAUAAAUUAGUUUGUUAGAAAAUAGCACAUUAUUUUAUUGGCGUUGAUAAUUUCAUAAUUUUGCAUUCUCAGAACGGACAGAUAUAAUAAUAACUAUAACCUUCCCUUGCACAACAUUUUGGCACCACAUUUUUUUUCAUCUACAAAUGAGUUCUCCAACGGUAAAGUGUUACAUUGAUUCACCUGUUGGUUACGUUCAUAUCGACGUUAGUUUCCACACUAUUAUCAGGACAGAAAUCGGUUAAAACUGCGACGACACUGUUGCCAACAUAUCAACACUGUAAAUGUCUUAUUUGUUUUAUUUUUAAACUUCAAAAAAACUACAAUUUUACGAAUAUUUCUGCACAUCGAUUUGCUCGCCUUGCACUUUAGAUUUUAUCUUAAGAUUAUUGUUUAUACCUGUUUGUUUUUGUUUGUAUUCGAUAAUGACGACACACAGAUGAUGGCAGGCAAAAUGUAUUUUUUUUUAUUUGUUAUUACAAAACGCACAAAAAAACUAUGCCGAUUUGGAUGAAACUAACAACUAACAAUUACCAACCGUGUACUUCUUUCGACCAUAAAGUUGCUUGCCUCGUGUUGUUUCAUAAAAAAAAAAUCUACAUUUUAAAUCAAUUAUAGAUUUUCAAAACAACACAGGGCUCGCCAUUUACAUUGUUAUGUUCGGUCGAAUUUACAAAAAAAAAACCCCAAUCGCACCAACCAACUACUACCAACUGUCAUGAUUAUAUUUAUUAUUGUAAAUUAUUAAUAUUUAUUAUUAGAUAUACUUAUAAGGUUAUUUUUUUUUUACUUUGUACUGUAUUUCGUUGUAAAAUUGUAUUAUUGUAUUCGGUACCUAUACCCACCUAUCUAUGAUAUUAUGAAUAUAUUAAAAUUAAUUAAAUUCAUAUAUAUUAGCGUUAAAUACAUAAUAUUAUAAUAAUAGUUAUUAU